AGUCCUCGGCUGACUUUAACCCUUCUCGCGCUGGAGUCUGAGCUGGGAAGUCUGGGCUGGGGAUUUGCUCUUCUUGGGUCGAGGGAACCGGAUUUUCAGGUCUCAGAGGAGACUGAGGGUCUGUACUCUUGGGUUCUGGGUGAAUGGAUUGUGCCAAUGGGAUACAGGGGCAUCUCCGGGAUGGUUGGUCCCUGCUAUUCCCAAGUUUGCCGAGGUGGGGGCGGGAGCUUUGCGACUCCAGAUCCCUGGAUCAUUGAGGAACUACACCGCUACUGAUUUGGUGGAUCCUGGCAGAGAGGCUAGAGCAAGAGUGGUGAUCCCAAGACUUGGAGAGGAGCAACUCACCCUUUCCUGUGCUGAGGACUCUGGGCUUACGUUCUACCAUCCACCCAGCCUUGCGCCCAGCCCCACAUGUCAGAUUCUAGAACAGAGAAACAUUUUGUUGUUGUUUUGAGACAGAGGUCUCAGGUAGUCCAGGUUGGCCUCUCACUUCGUUUAUAGAUGAGUCUGGCCUUAACACCUGACCCUCUGCCACCACCUCGCUGGGAUUGCAGGGGUGUGCCUCUACUCCUAGUUAAAACAGAGAUAUUGGGAACCUGGAAAUGCCUUUUCGGGAAGUUGAGAUUAGCAAACCCCAGUCCUCCACUCCUAGUGUUAGGACCUGGUCGCCUAGGUUGGGAUUUUUAACGGAUGUGGUGGUGCUUCCGAGGAGCCCGGUGUCUCCGGAGAAGAUAGAUGCUUCAGAGAAGUGCUAGCCUCCCCACUUCCUCAGUUUCCACUACGGUGGUGGAAAGUUGGUGCGGAGGAAAAGCGUGGAGGAAAAGGAAGGAAAUGGCGGAGGCGGGGCCCUGCACUCAACAUCUUCUGUUGGCUUUGUAGUUCUCCAGCUCGCUCGAAGGAAAGGAGGGCGCCCACAUGCACUCCCAGCCACCCACCGCUGCCACCGAGGCUGCAUUCGGGUGACUUAAACAUUCCUGAUGACUUCCUUCUGUCUUCCCACACACAGUGAGUCGGCCUGAGCGUAGUCACUGCCCAACACAGACGGUAAAGAAGCUUCUGGAAGAACAGAGGCGCCGACAGCAGCAGCCAGAGGCUGCUGGGGUGCCGGGACACUUCUCCCCUCCUCUGGUCCAGCCACUGACUCCAUCUGUGAAUGAGGCAGAGCCAGGCCAUACUCAUUUCCCUGCCUUCCAAGAGACUGUGGAUUCCGGACCUGGCAACCUGGCUCCCCCUUCAGGCUUUGCAGACUGGGACCCUAGCAUCCAUGCUACCUAUACAGAGGGCUCUUUCCCAUUCUCUGCUUCUGAAGGCUUCCUGACUCCUGAUUUCUACCCUCCGUCAGACCCAGGCCGGUCAGGCCCAUUUCCCCUGGUGAUGGAGGACUCUCUGGAUACCCGGCUGUAUCCUGAGCCUUCCCUGUCACAGGUAGGGUCCUGGAGAGUCUCUAGUCUCCCCUCAGGAUCCCCACAGUUGCCUUCACCCACCGGACCGUCCCUGGAGACAGCCCGAGCUCACAUAUUGGCUCUGGGGCCCCAACAACUGCUGGCCCAGGAUGAGGAAGGAGACACGCUCCUGCACCUGUUUGCUGCCCGGGGGCUGCGCUGGGCAGCAUAUGCUGCGGCCGAGGUGUUACAGAUGUACCGACAGCUGGAUAUUCGUGAACAUAAAGGCAAGACGCCGCUCCUGGUGGCAGCUGCUGCCAACCAGCCACUGAUUGUGGAAGACCUGCUGAGCCUGGGAGCAGAGCCUAACGCCACUGACCACCAGGGCCGUUCCGUCUUGCACGUGGCUGCCACCUAUGGACUCCCGGGAGUCCUUUCGGCUGUGUUUAAGUCCGGCAUUCAAGUGGAUCUGGAAGCCAGAGACUUCGAAGGCCUUACCCCCCUGCACACAGCCGUCCUGGCCCUCAACGCUGCUAUGCUCCCAGCUAGUGUGUGUCCAAGGAUGCAGAAUUCCCAAGCCCGAGACAGACUGACUUGUGUGCAGAUGUUACUGCAAAUGGGUGCCAGUCAUACAAGCCAGGAGAUCAAGAGCAACAAGACCAUUCUGCACUUGGCUGUACAGGCUGCCAACCCCACGCUGGUUCAGCUGCUCCUGGGACUGCCAAGGGGGGACCUGCGGGCCUUUGUUAAUAUGAAGGCCCAUGGCAACACUGCCCUCCACAUGGCAGCCGCCCUGCCCCCUGGGCCGCCCCAAGAGGCCAUUGUGCGGCACCUGUUGGCAGCCGGAGCAGACCCGACACUGCGCAACCUGGAGAACGAACAGCCUGUUCACUUGCUGCGACCCGGGCCGGGCCCUGAGGGGCUCCGGCAGCUGUUGAAGAGGAGCCGCACGGCACCCCCAGGCUUGUCCUCUUAGGACCGAAACCCAGAACCUGGACUGAUUUUCCAGUCCCCACCGUCCCGUGGGACAGUCAGCGUAUGCUCAUGUCGCAGAUUCAUGAUAAUAUAUGUGUAAUAUCCUGCCAUUAGGGUCUUACAUUAAAACUCCAAAGUGGCACGGGGGGGAGGUGAGCAGUCUCCAAUAUUUGGGGUCUGUGACACCUCCUCCCCCUACAAGGGGCUUUCUAGGUGAUUUCUGUGAAAUCGAGCCCACUUGAUUGUUUCUGUGAAACACUCUAGAGACCUUUAACUUUCUCCUACCUGGAUCAGUCAUGAUCACCCCCCCCAGACUGUCGUACCCUGAAUCCCCAUUGGAGUUUCCAUGGGAUUUGAGGCAUCUGAGUACCUUUCGGUCAGGAUUCCUCCCCAGGACCCACACCCCUGAGAUGUUGGAAAGGCCCUCUGAGAUUAAUGUGUCCUGAGUCCUGGCUACAUCAUCAUUUAGAACCCAAUGUCUCUGACGCUAGCAUUCCCCGUGAUUGUUCCCCUUGGUCUGUGUAUCCCUGUAGCUACCAAUUAAACUCAAUUUGGCCUCA